GGGGGUGUGUGUGUGUGCGUUUGUGUGAAGCUCGGACUGGAGAAGGAGCUCGUUAUUAGUGUCUGGUUUCUUUUUUAAAGCCCGAUACCUUCUUCUUCUUCUUUACUGCACCGUGCUAGAUUUUUUUUUUUUUUUGGUCGUUUCGGGAGUUGUCGGAUCGGUGCGCACAUCUCCAGAGGUUAUGAGCCGCCCGGAGCCGCUUCGGUGCGUAGCUGUCCAGGGUCCUGAGUGAGACACGGCUGCUGAGAAGGAGGAGUGAAGUUGAAGAGCUCUGGACGCCAUGGAGCUGCGAGUGGGAAAUAAGUACCGUCUCGGGAGGAAGAUUGGCAGCGGCUCAUUCGGAGAUAUCUAUUUGGGCUCAAACAUUGCGACUGGGGAGGAAGUGGCCAUUAAACUGGAAUGUGUCAAGACAAAGCACCCGCAGCUCCACAUCGAGAGCAAGUUCUACAAGAUGAUGCAGGGCGGAGUGGGAAUCCCGUCCAUAAAGUGGUGUGGGGCAGAAGGAGACUACAAUGUGAUGGUGAUGGAGUUGCUGGGGCCCAGUUUGGAGGACCUGUUCAACUUCUGCUCCAGGAAGUUCAGCCUUAAAACGGUCCUGCUGCUGGCUGACCAGAUGAUCAGCCGAAUUGAGUACAUCCACUCCAAGAACUUCAUCCACCGUGAUGUGAAGCCGGACAACUUCCUCAUGGGGCUGGGCAAGAAGGGCAACCUGGUCUACAUCAUCGACUUUGGCCUGGCUAAAAAGUACCGCGACGCCCGAACGCACCAGCACAUCCCCUACCGUGAGAACAAGAACCUGACUGGCACCGCUCGCUACGCCUCCAUCAACACUCACCUGGGCAUUGAACAGUCGAGGAGGGAUGACCUGGAGUCCCUGGGCUAUGUUUUGAUGUACUUCAACCUGGGCUCUCUGCCCUGGCAAGGACUCAAGGCUGCCACCAAGAGGCAGAAGUAUGAACGUAUCAGUGAGAAGAAAAUGUCCACUCCUAUUGAAGUGCUCUGCAAAGGCUACCCCUCCGAGUUCUCCACAUACCUAAACUUCUGUCGCUCACUGAGAUUUGACGACAAGCCUGACUACUCGUAUCUGAGACAGCUCUUCAGGAACCUCUUCCACAGACAGGGCUUCUCCUACGACUACGUCUUUGACUGGAAUAUGCUCAAAUUUGGAGCCAGUAGGACGACAGAGGACGGAGAAAGGGAGAGGAGAGAAGGGAAAGAUGGAGAGGAACGGGCAGGAGGAGGUCAGAGAGGAGGCGGGGGACGGGCCAUGGCUCCUGGUCUAAACCCUUCAGGGGCCAAUCGAGCCAGGAACGAGGGGGACGCUGCGCCUGCGAACCCAGCCAGCCGCGGGGUCCAGCAGUCGGGUAACCGGUCCCCCCAGGCAGGCCGAGCAGAGAGAGCAGAGAGGGAGAGGAAAGUGGCCAUGAGGCUGCACCGCGGAGCUCCGGCCAACGUGUCCUCGUCUGACCUCACCGCACGCCUUGACCAAUCACGCAUCACCGCAUCACAGGUCAGUGUGCCCUUUGAACAUCUGGCCAAAUGAAACGCUCCUGUUGGACUGCAGGUCAACAGCAGCAGCAUCAGAGUUCAAAAAAACACCCCAGACUUUUCAAAUGGAUGAAUGAACUUUAAACGCGUGAGUGGGGGAGAUGACGAGGAAGGCUGGACCCUUAUUUGGGGGAAUGUCCGUGUGUUUGUCCGCGGCUCGGUGAACCUCAGGAGGAGCCAAAAUGGACGCUCGUAGAAACCAGUCGGACUUAAGACUCUGGAAUUAGCAGGUUUUUUUUGGGAAUCGAUCGCUAAUCAAACGCGACAAAAGGGGUCAAAAACAAAUCACACCCCUUUUCAAUCUUACUCACCUGCACAUCAGUUCUGAAACUCAACUUGCAAAAAAAAAAAAAAAAAGAAGAAGACAAAACAUGCACAAAAUGGACUUGUACCUUUGAGGUUUACACUUGAUCAAAAUGCCAUCGAUCUGCUGUGGUCCAUUCUCUGCGUGUGGAGAUCAAUAACUUCAACUAACAACCAACGGAUGACUAAAAAAUUAUAACUCAAGAGAGCCUACGAGUAGAAAGUUAUGAUUGCGGAAGAGAUUUUUGGAUGCGAGUGAGGCUGCUUUUUGUCGGUAAACGUCAAUGUCCGUCUGUGUUAUUGUCCGUGUGUUAUUUUGGCUUCAGCUUUGCUUCAGGAAAAGGUAGGACAGAGAGAGAAAGAGAGAGCAGGCUGCUAUCCGUGGGCUUCAGAUGAUAGAAAAAUUUGGAGGUUUGCCAUAGCGAUUAACAAUUUCAAACUAAAUAUUAUAUAAAAGUCCUCAAAAUGUUGCUGAAACCCAUGAAUAGCUAAUUAUAAGCUGCAGAAGUACUAAUGAAUGGACACAGAUGCUACAACUUCUUGCUAAAACAAUUGUUACACUUGUUUUAACAAUAUGAGACAGAGAAGAAAUAUUCUCAUAGGUCCAAUGUUGAAAACUUGGCCGAUAUUUGGCACCAAUAUUUUUAUUUUAAAGCUGCUCCUGUGUCAUUCCCAGAUUGUCCUUUCUGAACAGACUAAUGAGUAAAAGUGGGACUGGGCAAAAAAUACCAGUAAAUUACACACUCAUGCAACAAAUCAUUUUAUAACCCAGAUGAACGUUUUAUUAUUUUUUACAAAAGUCGUAAGUUUAUGUGAGAGCUUAAAUUUGUGAUUUUAAAAUAUUAAUAUUGGUAUCAACAAAUAUCCGUUAUCAGCCGCAGCAGCAAGACAAAUAUCGGAUAUCGGUAUCAGACCCAUCCCUAAAGACAAAGCCUUAGAACAGAUUUGCCAGAAAAGCUGUAAUGACAGAUGUAAUGGAAAUAUCCAUUUGUAUUUUUUUGUUUUUUAAUUUUGCUAUUUUGUAUAUGUACAAUGUAAAUAGACACAUUUGGUAAAGAUUGUUACUUGAAGAUGCUGCUAGAGAGAGAGAGACGUGGAAGUGGUGCCAUGAACCCGAGGAGUCUGCCCGGCGAGGAGGGGGUGGUGUGGGGGCAGGCAAUGACAGGUGGGCGUGGGAGGGGUCAGGAUGGAGGGAUGUCGCUACAGAAGAAGAGGGACGAUCCGCUGAUGUCCUGUACUACAUGCUUCAUCUUUAUUACUAUAAUUAUUUGUGUAUAUUUUCUCAAUCAAUAAAAUAUACACAGCUUACAUGGGUUUGGCUGUGGUCUGACUGUGGAAUUC